AUGGAGUGGGAAGUCACUGGCGGUGCGGACAAAGGCGGCAUUCUUGUGCGGGAAGGGCAGGCGCUUACCUCCAAGGCUUGCGACGAUCGCCUGUCCACCGGGGCGUCCGUGAAGGAGCUGCAGCUCGUCGGCGACAGACUUUGCUAUGAGCUCCUCACAGGCACCGGCCCAAAAACUGGCUGGGUCAGCGUCAAGAUCAGUGGGAAAGAGCUCGUGGUCCGAAAAGCAGCUGCGCCGGUUGAGGCCGUGAAGAUGCCCGACUUUGAAAAGCUGGAUGAAAGCUAUCCGUCAAUGAAAAAGGGUGCAUCUCCCACUGGCAAGACGCCUUGGUUGAAGAUGCUCGGGAAGGCCAACGAAAAUGCCAAGGGGCGUUUGGUCAUCUUCUCUUGGACGGGCAAUCGUGGUGGACAGGGCUCCGCUCACAACUUCAUGAAGCCAGCCUCGCCUGCAUGGGCGGAGCACCUGAAGAGCUUUCAGCAGUACGAGGUGAACUAUCCUGGUCGAGGCACCCGCGUCAAGGAUCCUCUCUAUGAGGACCCUGUAAAGUACGUGCAGGAUAUUGCUUCCGCCCUUCAGGAGGCCUUGAAGGACGGCCUACCUUUCGUGUUGCUGGGUUUCUCCUUCGGCUCCGUGUUGGCGAUGGAGGUGGCAAGGUCUUUGCAGGCAAAAGACAUGGGCCCCCUGGCUGUCGUGGCCGUCAGUGCAGAGGCGCCACAGUGGCCUGGCCGCUCACGCCUGGGUCUGGCCAACCUCGGCGAGGCGCGGUUUGAGCAGAUGCUGAAGGACAAGGGUGGGACGGAGUUCAUCUUACAGGACCCAGGCAUGAAGAAGAUGUUUGUGCCGGUGAUCACGGCCGACUGCAAGCUAGAGGAGAACUACAGGUUUGAUGCCUCUGCUGGACCGCUGAAGUGUCCUCUGCUUGUCUUUUAUGGCAAGAAGGAAGGCCAUGACAAGAUGAAGACUGUCAUUGAUGCGGAAGCCGUUGAAGCGUGGAUGGAGCUCACAGCCUGUCCCAAGCUCUCAAAACUGCAAGCGCUGGAGAGCGAUUGGUAUGUCUUUCAGGAUGCUGGAGCGACUGAAGCAGUUGCAGUAGGAACCGGGGAGCUGUGUAAAGACAAGCUGGAAGGCUAG